AUGGCUCUGGUUCAGGCACUACCAGUGACUGUGACUGACCACUCCAAUCCAGGUCUCGAAGUCCAGCAGUGCCGGCCGCUAUCAUCCCACUCCCCCUCAGGCCCCUGCUCUGUCCCCUGUGGGCCCUGCAGCUCCGGGACAGCCAUGGGUUCUGUCAGCAGUCUCAUAUCGGGCCGGACGUACCAGGAGAAACACUGCCGGGCGGCCAGCGAGUUCGUCACCAAACCACGGCGCUCCACACCAGCUACAAGCUGCUUCCGGCUUCAGGAUAACACCCUCCGCAGCGGGAGCUCUUUAGAGCAGUUGCUGGUUAUCAGCCACCAAACGCAGCCACAGGCCCAGGUUCUGCCCCCACCGCUGCCCACCAAGAAGCAGCCUCGGCCCGGAAACUCGGCUGCAAAAGUAGGUGGCAGUAAUGGGAACUAUGGGUACGUGAGCGAUGAGGUGGUGGUCGGGGACUGGAACGACAACCUGGUGGCAGCUGCAAGCCCCUGCAGUGACUCAGAGGAGCAAAGGGAGAACAGUACACUGAAUGGCAACAUUGGAGGACCUCCACCCAAACUCAUCCCAGUGUCUGGACAGUUAGAGAAGAACAUGGAGAAAGUGCUGAUCCGUCCCACGGCAUUCAAACCCGUCAUUCCCAAGAAUCGUCACUCCGUUCAGUACCUGUCACCGCGACCAGGGGGCACCAGUCUGUCAGAGAGCCAGGCCAGCCUCAGCCUCCUGCUGCCCCUCGGAGGAUCCAAUAUCUCCAGCAGCACCAAAGUUAACGGAGGCAGCAGCAACUCCAGCUCGGAAGGGAAACGCAACUCCUACAGUGGUGGUCGCAAUCCUCGGAGCAGCCAGUCCUGCUCAAUGUCAGAUUCAGGGAGGAACUCCCUCUCUAGCCUCCCCACUCACAGCAGUACAGGCUACAGUCUGGCCCCCAGUGAGGGCUCCAGCUCUGGGUCUGGCUCUGGGGGCCAGCUAGAGCCCGUCACAGGCCUGGGUCGAAACACUUCAGGUGGAAGUGGGACCCAUGGUCAUACUAAUUCGGACAGUGGACGUUCUUCAUCCAGCAAGAGCACAGGCUCGGGGUCGCUGAGUGGGCGCGGGCAGCCCCUGUCAGACAGCGGCUCCUGUGGCCACUCGCCACCACCGGUGGAGGGUUACGAGGCAGUAGUAAGGGAGCUGGAGGAGAAGUUGAGGGAGCGAGACCUGGAGCUCCAGCAGCUUCGGGAAAAUCUGGAUGAGAAUGAAGCUGCUAUCUGCCAGGUGUAUGAGGAGAAGCAACGUCGCUGUGAAAGAGAGAUGGAGGAGAUGAGACAGAGCUGCUCCUCAAAAAUGAAGCAGGCCUCUCAGAAGGCCCAGAGGGCACAGCAGGUGUUACAGUUACAGGUAUUUCAGCUACAGCAGGAGAAGAAGAAGCUGCAGGAGGACUUCUCCUCACUGCUGCAGGACAGAGAGACUCUGGAGAGGAGGUGUGCCACCAUCCAGAGGGAGCAAACGCAGCUUGGGCCACGUCUGGAGGAGACAAAGUGGGAGGUGUGUCAGAAGUCAGGAGAGAUCUCCCUCCUGAAACAGCAGCUGAAGGAGAUCCAGUCAGAGCUGAGCCAGAAGGCAGGAGACAUUGUUGUGCUGAAGGCCCAGCUCAGAGAAGCCCGGUCUGAACUGCAGGCCAGCCAGGUUCGAUCUCAGGAGGCCCAGGCAGCCGUGCGGACGCGAUCACUGGAGCUGGAAGUCUGUGAGAAUGAACUCCAGAGGCGCAAGAGUGAAGCAGAGCUGCUGCGGGAGAAAGUGGGCCGUUUGGAGGAGGAGUCGGCCCGUCUCCGUGACACUCUGUCCAAUCACACCUCUAUACCUGGAAAUGCAAUGAUGAAGGGGCAAUGUAUAAACCUGUCCCUACAACAUGGGAGAGGUGUGGCAGGAAGGGCCGGUCCCAGUCCUUCUUUGUACCGAGAUGGAGAGGAGACUCAUUUGGUCUGGGGUGGAGAGAGUGAUGAGGCCAAGGCUCAGAGGCAGAAUGCAGAAACAGUGUUGGGACUCAGGCAACAGGUGGACAGACUGAAGGCGGAGCUUAUGUAUGAGAGGAGGACGAGUGAAGAGCACCUCUCACGGUUCGAGGAUGAGAGGAGGGUGUGGCAGGAGGAGAAGGAAAAGGUCAUCCGCUACCAGAAACAGCUGCAGCAGAACUACAUCCAGAUGUACCGUCGAAACAGGGACCUGGAGCGAGUGAUGAGGGAGUUGAGUCUGGAGCUGGAGAACAGGGACAUGGAGGACUAUGAGGUUCACAGCGGCAGCAACGACAUCCACUUUGAGGAAAUCACGGCCACUGAGAUCUAGACACACACACACACACACACACACACACACUUGCAGUAAUACGAGCACAGGAACACACACAAAAAUCUGAACUCAAAUAUUGAACUCUUUGAAAUGGUUUUACCUGGACCACUGACUGAGCUCUCACCACUUAUAACUGUCAGAACGAAAAUCGGCCAAAGGAGAAUUCUUACUCCACUAAAUCCUUACAAGGUGCCCGCCCCUGGAGCUUUCAAUGAGUUUCAUCCCAGUACAAAGCCAGCACAAAGACUUCUUUACUUCUGUUGAAAAAGCAGUUUUUAAAAGUGUUUUCUUUCGCAGACCACGUUCAAAUCAGGGUAUCGAACAUCGGCGGGAACUUGAAGCAAAAAAUGUUAACACACGUCCAAGUGUAGUCGCACUUUUCCUGGUAGCACAUAAGGUUCAGACACCGGGCCACCAGCACGCAUGUUAUGAUGCAUCAUGACAGUUAGUCCCAUCAACAUCAACACCACCACUGUUGAUCAUGUCCAAGCUGUGUUCAUAUGCAACUCCGUAGGCUGUAUAUGAAGAUGGAUGACACUUCCCCACUUCCUCCUACUGUACAAACUCAUACUCAGCUUUCAGCCAUAAAGUUUCACCGUGAUCUUAUGGCUUCAAAUUAUUAAAUAAAAUGUCACACUCGAAAAACCUCGGUGUGGUAAGAACUACCUGAAAUUACAAAAAACAUCUUUGAGAAACAAAUUGUUUCGCGUAGACUCUUCGGUUAGGUCCACAUCCCAUAUAUUAAAGCCUAGUUCACACCACACAAUGUUCGGCUCGAUGCUUGAUCGGCAGUCGCAACUUGCAAACAUACGUAACAUGUUGCAAACUCCUAUAAGAUUUCAAACCUGCUGGAAAUGUUGUCAGAGUUGGCAAUAACUCCAGCCAAUCAGUGUAGUACAGGGUGAAGGUGGUGGAGGUGGGCUACAUGCAGUGAUGAGGUGCCCCCUGAUUUUUGUCAGUAAUUGGGGUAAACAAGCAAGUUUAAAAACAAGCAGUGCAGCAUCAUGUCGGGUUCGGAUGGAAAAAAAAACGAAUGUCUGACUGGCUGGUCAGGCUCCGUUGGUUUACAGCCUCAGACAGGCUUGGACAGAAAAAACCAACUUGAGCUGCUCUCUAUUCUUUACCACUGUUGUGUCCACUGAACCAUUUCACCCCCUCCAGCUUGAUGUGUCAUUCUGUGAGCAGGAUGGAUCACUCAUACUCAGACUUUGUCUAUUCUCACGUGAUUAAAGACACUCUAGUCGGGGGGGUGUUGUCUGAUGGAAAAGAUCAUGUAGUAUGUGACCCCUGUUGUCAGUCAGUCAUGUAGUGUAAACUCACAGCGACUGCAAGUCUCCUGAUCACAAGAAGCAAGUUGUCUUGUGUUAGCUGCCCAGUGAUGUAGUGUGAACUGGGUUUAACUUUGGUGUAUGACUUGUUCUGCAGCCGGCCAACAAGAUGAUUUGGCGUCACUUUCAGGGCCACGUCAUUUCAUGCAUCUUUAUAUACAGUCGUUGUGCAACACAAAUAACGACCGCUGGUUUUCCAUGUAACUGCUAAAAGGGAAAUAACACUAUAAUAUUACAACAUCUACUGUUUGUAUUUUAUAGUGUUGAGAUGAUCAGCAGUUCACUUCAUGUUAUGCAGAGGAUAAGAAUACUUUUGUUCUAGAAGUAUUUCUGCAGCAGUUUGUAUUUGAGAAGGAAUGUAUUGUGACUGUUACCACUCCAGAGAAAUGCAGUAUAAAUGGGCAACGGAAGAAUCCACUCACCAAGGGAAACACAGGAUUAUUUUGCACAACUUCCCUUCCUCUUUCAAGUGAAGCAAGCGAUCACACUCAAAGCAAACCAGGAUUUACAUUUGGCUCUUGGUUUGCUUACAUGUGGACGUCGUUUUCUGCCCUUUCCCAAACCGCAGAGGAUGUAGAGGCUCAAAGUUCAAAGCAAACCGUUUAUUUGAAUGCCUGGUCAUGUUUUCUAGACCACCAAGUGUCUCUGCUUUUGCACUUGAUCAAGGUGUCAGCUCAUUCACAAGCUCUGGCAUAAACAUUUACAUUUUUAUGUAGCACGAGGAAGCAGACUGUAGCAUGGUAGAUAUCAACAGGAUGCUGCUGAUUCUCCUUUUUUCUCUGUCUUCUUCUGCCUUUGUCUCUCUUCUAUCUCUAUAUCUGCUCUUGUCUCAACUAUUUUUAUAACACUGAAAAGCACCUCCGCAGUCGGCAGCAGGAAACUGUAAAUGGAGCAUAUUCCUUCAGCUUGGUCACCACCUCUCUCAGAGAUAUAAGCCAGUGUUUGAACCGUAGGCAUGCUUAUUCAGAGUUUCCAUUUAUUCAGCUUCUCUCCCAUUAGUGCUCUUUAUUUAGCUUUUGGCAGCCAAAAGACCAAAUAACAUUUUUUCAAAGUCUUCCUAGUCUCCCCCUCUAGACUAUAAUCUUCCAUGACUGCUAUACAGGUAGUGCGACUGGCAUGUCUGCAUGUCUUUGUUAUAUCAGAUUUCAGAACACGCUGGCUCAGUUUGGGGAUUUGCAGAUGCAGUAGCUCCAGCACUGAACGUCCUUGAGGCCGGUCGGCUGUUAAAGCCCUGAAUAUAAACCGAUGAGAAGGAUGUUAGCGUCCGCAGCUGUUGAGUCUCUCAGUUCUCUCACAGUGGCGUGGUGGGUCUCUAUGGAAACAAUAGUAUCGUGCUGAGAACCUUUAUUUUACAAAGAGUCUAUAUCACAGAACAAUAGGUAAAUGGAAAUCUAUAUAAUGGAGGAGAUGUUGUAUAUUUUUUAUAUAUAGCACCUGAAGAUAUUUUGUUGUAGUUCUGGUAUAUGUGUGGGUUUAAUAUGCAAAUAAUAAAGACUUCUAUAUCACAUACCAAUAUUUCAAAUGAUGGAUCAAUUACAAAUGGAGGCAGCAGCAUAGACAGAGUGCACCUAAUACUGUAAUGCAUGAAAAUCUGUUUACAAUAUAUAACCUGUGUGACACAAACUUACAUUAUCUGACGACCAAACUUUACAGCUGGUAAAGCAGUUAGAGGCUUUUAUUUAUGGUUCAGCUUUGACCUGCUGUCUCCAUUUUUAUUGAUCCGUCACUUGAUUACCCUAAAGUCACAGCGAUCCAUGUCUUCAUUGUGCGUUUCGUCCUUCAUGAAGAGGCAUGAGAUGGGUUUUUCAGUGAAGUCUUCGCCGAGUUGAGGUUGGAGCUGAUGCAAACCAAGCAAGUGUGAUGUUUCUGAAAAUUCAAUUUCAAUCAAACCUCUUCUAAAGAUAAUUUGAUCGGCCUGAGUUUUGUGGGACGUUGCCACAUUGGCUCAAGACAUGUUGUCAGGAUAUUCAAAAGUCUGCACCGUGCAUAGAUUGUUAACAUGCAGCUAUGGGAAGUGACUUUGAAUGGAACAAGAUGGGUUUGUCCAACCAUAUUCACUUUGUUAACCAGACGUAGACUGUUACUCACUCACCACAGGUUAACAUAUAAACAACAAGCACAGGUGCUGCACAUCAAACCGACUCCCUCACUGAAAAGUACUGUGUUCACCCCAGACUUCCGUUCAUUCAUCAUAUCUCAUUCCUCUGUAUUGUGGCGUAAGCGUUUUCUGUGUAAAUAUGUAAAACACUAAAUAGUAUAACAGAGUGACAUUGUUUUGACCAAGUGUCUAUUUUGAACGUAGCCACUGUGAUUAGACCAAAGCAACGUAACACAUUUCUUUUCUUUCGUGGCAUUUUUCUUUUCAUCCCUUUGUGCAUAUUUUUGUUUCGCUUCUGUUGCAGCCUCCAUAAUUCAUUAAGUAUGUAGUUGUCCAUGUAUAUUUUUACGUGUACAUUUCUUGUACAAAUGACUGUGUUUUUAAUUAAAAAACGUUGUCACACCUCAGA